CAUUGUCAAAUGUCAAUAUUGUCAUUCAAAAAUUCAAAAUGUCAAAAUUAUAACCUAAAUUAAAAAGAAAAUUAAAUUCAAAAUAUGUUAUUCAAAAAGCUCUACACAAAAAGUCUCUUCCGAAUAUGUCCAAAAAUAUUAUCAAUUUCGUCCCUACGGUAUGCGACUGCACCUUCCAGCUAUGCCGAAACCGUUGACUUAGCAUAUUCUUCAUACGAGAGUACUGAAGACGAGACCUCUGUACGACCUCCCGUAGUUAUUUUACACGGGCUUUUAGGUUCCAAGAAUAACUGGAACAGUAUGAGCAAAGCAAUACAUAAAUCGACUGGGCGGAAAGUGAUAAGCAUAGACGCUCGUAACCAUGGCGACAGCAAACAUUCGUCUCAGCAUACCUAUCUGCAUAUGGCCCAGGAUGUGAUAAAGCUCCUGAAGAAACUUGAGAUAUCUAAAGUGUCCCUUUUGGGACACAGUAUGGGUGGCCGCACUGCCAUGGUGCUGUCACUGCUCUCUUCCGAUUUAGUCUCAAGCCUGAUUGUGGUUGAUAUAUCGCCAGCUAAAACAAGCCCACAAAUAUUUUCAAUGGUGAAUCUCUUUGACGCCAUGGCUGCUGUGUCUUUAAGGUCAGGCAUAGCAAUGUCCAAAGCAAGAAAGCUUGCUGACGAACAGUUAAAAGCUGUUAUACCUGAUAUCAAUCUGAGAAACUUCCUAAUUACAAAUUUGAUUCAAACAAACACUGGGUCUUAUUCGUGGAGAGUAAACAUACCAGCGUUGAAAGAGAAUUUCCAGCAGAAUAUUGCAAGCUUUCCGUCAUCUUUGAAAGGGCUUCAGUACUGUGGACCAACACUCUUCAUAGGAGGCUCAUUGUCAGAUUACAUAGGAAAAAAUGAUCUGCCAGAAAUCCAAGAAUAUUUUCCACUGGCCCAGCUGCAAUUUGUUGAUGGAGCAGGCCAUUGGGUUCACAGUCAAAAGCCUGAGAAGUUCCUCGAAAUUGCCUGCAGUUUCCUCAAAGAUAAAUGAUGUAGAGACAAUCUGUUACCUAGCUCAAAUUUAUUAGUUCUGAUUAGGUUAUAUAAAUUAUUAAUAGUUAUUAGUAAAAUUUAUUAUGUACAUUACAAUUUCAUGUUAAAUAUAAAUAACUAAUAUAACGUU